AUUGAAGUCACUUCAACUAGCGACAACCUGUUCGGCAGUUGAGUCGUCCAUGGCAGGCUUGGCCAUGCUCCCCUUUACCCUAUUUGCUUUUUGCUUCGCAGCUGGCGCUGCACAGUCCAACUUCUCCGGGGUGUGGCAUUUGAUAAAUGUGCAGUCGGUGGUGUGCCCUGAUGCUCCAGGAUAUGCCAUCAUCAACAUUUCCCAACCAGCUGCAGAACUCAACCGCCCCCACAUCUUCACAAUUUUCCGCACCACCAAUUCAUCCGUGAGCCUCGACUUCACUGCGACAGAUUCCGCCGGCAAAGCGGUCGCACAGGCCGCAGUGAACUUGCAACAGGCCUCACGACGACUCGAGUCGGAUCUACCGCUCUCAGGACGUCAGCUGAGUGCAAGGAGGCGCUUUGGUGGUGGUUAUAGCGGUGGUAGCAGCUACAGCUCUCCACGUCGCCGGACGCCUUCUCCACCACCUUCCCCGCCUUACACCUCGCCACGCCGUCGGACGGGCACUCCGAGCACGGCAAGCACUGGAAGUGCAUCUGGGUCGCGCCGACGAACGUUUGGCUACGACAACAAGGUCCACAACAAUCCUUCAAACCCUGGAGCUGGGAACUAUGGAUACCAAACUCCAGGUGCAGCUGCAAGCAACUUUGGAGGAAGAAUUCCAACCGGCACGCCCUAUGGUUACACCGGUGCGAAUGCUUACUCUGGAUCAAGUGGGAGUGGUGCAAAGAUAGCAAUGGCUGCAGGAGGAGGUCUUCUAGCAGGUUAUUUGGGAUCGCAGUUGCUCCACAGUUGGACAGGCUACAGUCGUGCAGAGAUGCUCAACAUGCCUUGUACGUCAGGCUCCUGGCAAGGUCUGUGCAGCACAUGCGUGACAUUGCACGGAGCCAGGAACUGCAAUAUAGAAAUUUCCCCAAAGAUUGAUGCCACUCGUGACGACCUUCUGGACACUGGCUUUGUCCCUUCUCAAGUGUCAUGGCCUAUCCAGGUGAACAUCACCAAGAUCAUAGGGGUUGACUUUGCUCCAAGUGUGGUGUGUCCAAAUGCCUCUGACCCACAAUGGACUUCAGCGCAAAAACAGCUUUUUAUCACACUGACCACGCUGCAAGAACUUGCCUCCGGGCCACAGGCUACAGCAAGCAGUGGGUCAUCAAUGUUAUCGUGGCUGAGUUGGGCGAUUCUGGCGGUUAUUGGUGGGUGCUGUUGUUUUGGCAUUUGCUUCGUUGUGAUGCGGAGAAGUGGGUCCCCAGGCUAUGGUGGCUAUGGUUCUUCUUCUGAGUCGGACUGGUCCGAGGAUGUCCCUCAUGGAGCCCCACCUGGCUACGGCUAUGGUGGCUACGCCGCGUCAGCAGCCCCUGCAGCUCCGGUGGGACACCCCAUCUAUGGAACACAAAUGGCACAGCCCAAUCCCUACUGGCAAGGUGCUGCGCAGCCAACACAGGGCGUGGUUAUUCAAGGCAGCCCAGUGACUGGCGGAACUGGCAGAUAUGCUUCUGGUGGGUUCAUGGACACUGCCGCCCCCAAUGGUUCCAGUUGGACGAACCUGUGCCAACAUCAUGAUGUCAUUAUCAGCAACGGCAUGAUUGCAGGGCCCUGGGGUGAGUGUCUAGCCUGGGCGGUGGCAUAUGAACAGCAAAAUCCUGGAUGGCAUCAAGAUCCCAGAUUUGCCGCUGAAGGGCCCGCAGGGCAAGUGAUCGGGGCAAUUACGGCCAAGGCCAACCCCUCCAUGCUUGGACAGGUGGUGGAAGCAGCGGAGAGACUUGAACAAGCCUGCCAGCAAGCCAUCCAAUAUGGACAGCCGCUGCCCCUGAUCAACCGGAGGGUGUGAACGACCUUGCGUGGAUGCCUUUUGAUGCCCAAAUUGUACAGUGCAAGAUGGGCAUAGUGUAGCCUUGGGGCGGGGCUCCAAGGACUUUGUAGAGCUUGGCCUUUGGUUCUCGCUGGUGUGCCGGGCUUGGCCGGCCUAUGUCUGCUAGGGACAACCAUUUGAUCGAUUUUGUGUAGAUCGAGAAGGUUGACAAGUCAAUUUGGUGUGGCUGGGUUUGUCCAGGUCACACAAGUUUAUAGACUUCAGACUUCAGUGAUGAAUUCUACCAUCGCUGUGCCAUGGCU